GUAACGGCUGCGUCCAUCGAUUUUCCCCGCAGAUGGCGCCAUCCAAGAAGAAGAAGAAACUACAGCCUGAUAAGCAGGUUUCCCUCGCUUCGUUGGACGGCAUGCCCUCCAAAGCGAAGCGCCACAAUUUGGCCCAACUGUCUGCUACGAUGACCCACUUGAACGACACCCAAAUCCAAUUCCUGCAGCGAGCGAUGCUGGAUGUUCAACUCCAAGAGUUAACCGAUCAAUUGGGGACGGCGAAGCGUGAGGCAGCGACGGCGAAUUUGACCUUCACCAAGCAACUGGCAGACCACGAACUCGUGAUCGAGGACCUCAAGAGUGACGUGAGGCGAUACGAAACGUACAUUGAAAGCCUUGCCAACGACAAAGCUGCAGCCGAGAACAAGGACAGCGACGCCAAGCUGACGCUGCUCAAAGCCAACGCAAAGCUCAACUCGGAGCUCAGCGCCGCACACGACCGGAUCGCAGAGUUGAAAAGCCAAUGCAAGUCGUACGAGUCCCAGCUAGAAUCCCUCCUGGCCAACCAAUUGCACCACACCAACCAAAUCCCCCCAGAAGAUGUCGCUGCCCCCUUUGGUUCCCAUCACACCAGUACAUUAUCGAGCCACGAUAGUCUGAUCCCCCCUUUGCUGGCAGCGUUGAACCAGUCGCCCCACACUGUGGAGAUCCAAUUAGACGCCACCACCGCCCUCUUUCACUUGCUCAAAGAAUCCAGAAAUGUACCUUUGUUUCUGGACUGGGGGGGAAUUGACCUAGUGUGUGAUGCCAUGGAGCACCACCCGACCCAAUCUCAAAUCCUGCUUAAUGGGGGGCACAUCUUUUGGAAGCUCACGUUUUCAAGGCGAGCUCGAACUGCCCUGCGAUGUAGCCAGAAUGUGAGACCUGUCUUGGUGCUUGUGUCCGCGUUGAAACGCAUUGCUCUGGACGCGGCCAAGCAGUACUGCUGGCAGCUCCACCACACGCUCACACAACUCAUGAACGACGACGACGCAGCCGAACCUGAACACCCGACCAGUGACUCAUCCCACAACAUUUUUCCCGAUAUGGUGCAACUCCUCUUGCAACUGGCACAGCAAUCCAUCAGCUCCACCCCUCGCCUUUGUCUUGCGGCCCUCGAAGCAGUGCAUAAAGUGACCAAGAUCAAUCCGCCCUCCAUCGACCACCUCCUUUCAUUUUUCACAUCGUCGCUGGCAGCUCUCGUCGUCCUCCCCUCCCUGCAUCUGGUCGUUACGCGCCUCGUGCAUAUGCAUGUGCAAGUGUAUGGUAUUUUGGAACUUCCAGAGGCAAGUCGGUCGUUGAUCGACGAAACGUUGCACGCCGUCGAAAUGUCCGACGAGGUGGCGGCGUCCCCCGGCUUAAAGGGGGAAGUCCAGGGCAUGAUCGUGACAUGGCAAGACCACGUGGGGGGGGGAGAAAGGGGGUCGGCAUCCGAGUCCGAAUGGCCAGUGCUACCUAGUGUACACCGUCACAGUCUACGGCGCAUCGACAGCUUGGCGCAGACAACUGCGUCGCGCCUCAUCCAACUGUCGCAGAGUCUGCCCGAAUUGUAACCAAAGCGCGUACUCCACACACAUAUGCCAUUUCCAAAUACUUAGGAUUGUAUUGAUAUUAUGCAUUUGAAUAUAUUUGAAUAUAAGUUGAUAGUAGGA